UUGAGGACGAUGAAACGAAUUCACUUGGAGAGUAAUUCGCGGCGCAGAAGAUGGUCACUAAGAUUCGGUCUUUUUCUCGUGUACAUAUUGGUCCAGUACGUUACUUGCGCGAAACUACCUGAAGAGGUAACGUCUCCUUAUUUAAGUUCCACGGAACGCGAAGAAAAUUGGACGACAGAGUCCACCGGGGAACCGUUCACGUCACAGAUCGAGGUGAACGUCGAACCACGAGUAAAUGAAAAGGGUGAAAGUGGCGUGGCGAAAGAGAAGAGUGAGAAAGAGGAAAAGAAUGAGAAGAACCAGAAGAACGAAAAGGCCGAGAAGCCCGAGAAGACCGAAUUGAAGAACAAAAGUGAAGAAAAGAACGAAACUCAGCAUCAGAAUGAGAAUAAGAAGAUAUCUGAAGAAGAGAAGUCGAAGAAUAUACGUGGACAAUCAAAGGGAGAGCAGCCGGUGGAGAAAGCUGCUCCGAAAAAAGACAUUUUACCCAAGAAUGUUCCUAGAACCACAACGGUUCCAACAACGACCACUAUGAAAUAUGAACGUGCAACGUGGAGGCCGCGAAGAGAAAAUUGCUCACCUCCAGCGAUUGAACAGUUUCCACGACCGGUGAUGGGUCCGUCAGCUAGGAAACACGGUGGACUGAUUAUUCAUAUUUUGGUUGCAAUUUACACGUUCCUCGGCCUUGCCAUUGUCUGCGACGAUUACUUCGUUUCCAGUUUGGAUCGAAUUUGCGAAGAACUACGAUUAUCUCCGGACGUUGCUGGAGCAACUUUCAUGGCCGCAGGUUCAUCAGCCCCAGAAUUGGCAACCGUGGUGAUCGGUGUCUUCUUUGCCAAGGACGAUAUCGGUGUAAGUAUUAUGUACAGAAUCUCGAAUUGUUCUCUGAUCAAAAGUUCACAUCAAACGAACAUAUGUGUAAUUAAAUGGUUUUUGCUAAUACGAGUAAUUGCAUUUCAAGACUCGAAAGGAAUAUUGUGCAGCGAGUUGCUGUUGGUGUUGCAGGUGAGCGGUGUGAUCGGCAGCGCGGUGUUCAAUAUAAUGUUCGUGAUAUCGGUAUGCGGAUUGUGUACGACGACAGUGUCAAAGUUGAAUUGGUGGCCCCUUUGCCGGGAUUGUUUUUUCUACGCUGUAUCGAUUCUGGUGAUGCUCGGUACAAUUUACAACGAAUCAAUAUCCUGGAUGGAAUCUCUAUUCAUGUUGAUCAUGUACGGUGUGUACUGCAUUGCUUUAUCUUUCAACGCUAGGCUGGAACGUUGGGCGAAAUCGUACAAUAUACCUUUUCUACCAAAAGACGAUGAACCUGCAGAAGAGAGCGCUCUCGUUAGUUAUAGAUCGUUACAAGAGGAUCGAUUGUCUUACACAGGGCCGAGUUCACCUACGGAUCAAUAUAAAACGCAAGAAGGAGGUGCAGCACCAGGAGGACCAAACGUUCCUGAAACGAACGAGCCACCACCUCCAAAGCAACCGGAGUAUUACAAAGCAAAAGAACCAGAUCCAAAUGAAGUAUCGCCGCUAGAAAAGCCUACUGAUGGUAGCAAGUGGACUCUAUUUACCUGGGGUCUCGUCUAUCCGAUUCAUUUCAUGUGUCGUGCUACAAUGCCGGAUUGUCGACAAGACAAAUUCAGGAAUUGGUAUCCCUUUACUUUUUGCGUGUCGAUGGUUUGGAUCAGUUUCUAUAGCUACAUCAUGGUGUGGAUGAUUACGAUCAUAGGCAGCACGCUUGGUAUACCCGACACGGUGAUGGGUUUGACAUUCGUCGCUGCUGGUGUCAGUGUACCCGACGCCCUUUCAUCGUUAGCCGUGAUAAAAGAAGGCCUUGGUGACAUGGCGGUGAGCAACGCUGUCGGUAGUAAUGUCUUCGAUAUACUAGUUUGCCUCGGGCUUCCAUGGUUUAUACAAACUGCAAUGAUACAGCCCGGCUCCCACGUGAACGUCACCAGUCGAGGCCUGACGUACUCGACGGUGUCUCUGCUGUCAACGGUGAUAUUCUUGGUCCUAGCGACCCAUUUGAACGGCUGGAAACUGGAUCGACGGUACGGAGUAAUACUGAUGAUCUGGUACUUAGUGUUCAUCGUAUUUGCUUCACUCUACGAGUUAAAUGUCUUUGGUGAAAUGAAUCCUCCG